AGAAGCCCCGGUCGCGUCACCUCCCGCGCAGGCGCAGUGCGGCCCAGGCGGGCAUGUGUUGAGCCAAGAUUGCGGUAGGAAGAGCCGCAAAGAAGCAGGCGGCGGGCGCCGGAGCGAAGGGAGCAGCCAUGCCGAAGGGAGGGAGACAGGCGCAGCAGCCCCAGGAGGAGUGGGUCGGGGACGAAGAAGAGAAGCGCUGCCCCGGAGAGGGCGCUGGAGGUGAGGGCGGAGGCGGGAGGGCUGGGCGGGGAGGAAAGAGGCUAGUCCUCAUGAAGGUUGGGAGGACCUCCAAGGGGAGGGGGGAAGUGGGCAUAAUAUCGGGGGGGGGAGGCUAACACACACAAUUCCGUGUAAAAGUGUUUGCCAUUUAAAACAACUCAACUCAGCCACCGUUCGCACACCUCUGUCCAUACACGUGUCUGUCUGCUCAGACGCAAGCUCUGCCGUGGUCAGCGGGUCUCGCAUAGUCGUAGGCAGUGCUCCUUUAAAAAAAAAUAAAAAAAAAGUUUAGGGGUUACUCUCAUUUUCCUACUCAUAUUGAAAUACUGCUCCUCAAUGAGGCCAAACUUAGAUUCACAAAAUGUUUAGGGGUAUGCAUCUCCCCACAAAAAAAGCACUGGCCGUAGGUGUGUCUGAAUGUGUUUGCCAGCAUUUAGCACACACACUCCUCUCCCCCCCUCCAGUUGCUCCUGCCUCUCUUUCCCCUCCUCCAACUCUCUCUUUCCUAAUUUGCUGCUUAGGUUUUGUCUAAAUGGACAAGGGCCCAGAUUUUUUUCCGGUUGCUCUGGGAAGUGCCAGAUGUGGCGCUGGUUUCAUUGCUAUUCUUAGUAUUUUUGAUGUGCUCCUUGAUUUGCGUGUUAAAGGAACGUUCAGGUGGCUGGCUAGAUAGAGGAGGAAUAUUGGGGGUGAAACUUUGUGGCUUGGACAAGGAACCGGACUAAAAGGCCCCAUAACAUGUGAGCUUCCAUAUGUGUCUUCAUUUAUAUAACUAGAGAUAAUUUGACCACGGAAUUCCCUAGGAAAAAAAACAGUGAUAUAAAAAUAAAUUUAAAAUACGCUACGUUGAACUGAUAAACCCAACCUGUACUAAGUAAAUCAAAGUUUCAGCUAAUCUUAGCUGCUAAUGUAUAUAAAAACAAGGUGUGUGUAUGCUUUUAACAAGUCUUUGAUAUUUGUGGAGUGCUUAAGUGUUGAGAGAGUCUCGAAUCCAUGAUCUGAUCUAGUUGUAAUCCUUAGUUUAGUUGUUUUAUUAUUCCCUGAAUUGUAGAUGAGGGGGCUGAGAGAGAGUAGUUUGCAGAGGUUAGAUCUGUACCAGAAACUUCCUUAUUAGCUACUCAGUCUCUUAGCCGUAGUAAUGCUUAUUUAUUUUGUUUAUAAAUAGCAAAUAAACAAAAUAAACUUUCAUAAAAAUAGCUUUCAGUGACUACUGACCAUGAUGUCUGUAUGUUCUGCUGCCACUUGUGGAAGCAGUAUAUGUUCCUCCUUCCUGCCAACACCAUAGUUCUUUCCUACCAUGUCCUUUGCUAGAAAAAGGGCAGAGGUCCCGACUGGUUAAAAUAUGCUAACUGCGCAGAAAUAUUUUGUUCGGCAUUAUUUAAUGUGGACUUGGGGCUGGGGCAGCAUCCUUUUGCUCCUUAGCCUGUAUUUUCUUAACUUCCACCAGCGAAAGGAGCUGCCCAACAAUUCCCAUAAAAGUUUCUCAACCGCUCAACCCAUUUUACAGACACCAGUGACAAGGCAUUUGGAAGAGGAAGGGUGGGGCAUUGGGCUAUGAUGAAGGUAACCAGGUGAGUCCCAACACAUAUUGCUGUAAUCCGUGAGUUGCCAAUUGCAUAUAGUAUAAUUAUUUUCCUUGUGGGGCUCCUGAGCUUCUAACAAAGAGGCAGAGCUGCAGUUGCGGAAGCUACAGUCGUAAGCAGUGUUAGAAAUUCAGAUACAGUAUAUAUAAUCUAAUUGCUAAAUGGUCCCUUAAACCUAGGCUGCAGUCGCCACAAUGGAAUGUCUAGGCGCUGAUUCCCCCCCCCAUGGGAAUUAUUUUAAUUGACUCCAUUUCUGUAGCGCUUUAUAUUUUAAAGAACAAAGCGGUUCACAACACAUUAAAACAUGAAAUAAAACAUUCAAGAAUAAAACUACUUCAAGCUUCAAGGAAAAUAUUUCAACACAUACAAUUUUUAUUAAAUUUUCUCAAUCACAUUUCAAGAUACUUAAACAACCUUAAAUCAAUGACUUCCCUUCUUCUCUUUCCAUAGUUCAAUUUGCAUACCAUACAUCCCUGCAUAUUUUACAUGAACUAAACCAUUCAGUAAUCCAAUGUUACAUCCAUCAAAUCUGUUGAAUUUAAAUUAAUGCUACCAGUGUUUUUAAAUGAACACAGUUUUCACCCAUAUACUCAGUUAACAUUUUCCAGUCUUCUUUAAACGUGCGUUCUUCUUGUUCUCUUAUUCUACAUGUUAGAUCUGCAAACUGUGUGUAUUCCAUCAGUUUUACGUUUGCCAUUCUUCUUUGGUUGGGACCUCGCUCAUUUUCCAUUUUUGGGCUAGCGAAACACGGGACGCCGCCAAGGAAAAUAUUUCCAUUCCUUCUCUAAGUGACAUUUCCUUCUGCAGUCCCCAACCUGGUGCCUGGCAGAUUUUGAACACUGGUUGUAAGCAGCAGUGCUAGCUGCAAGAGAGUGCUCUGAGAAAAAGGAUCUAGCACUAGCAUUUUCUAUUACUGCAUUUCCACUGCCGGCAGAAUGGCCAUUGAUUUUCCGUGUGUAUGUAGUCGUGGGAAGAUCCAGGAGCCCCACAAACAAAGGGCUUAGUAAUCCUGUAUAGCAGGAGCGGGGACCUCGUGGACCUCCAGAUUUCUCCAUCUUCCCUAAGGAUUCACCAUGAUGGCUGGGCAUUGGAGUCCAUCGGCCACCUGCAGAUUGCCAGUUCUAACAUAUGAACUGGGGAUAUGGGACAAGGGAGAGAGGCCAUUUUCAAUUGGCUGUGCAGGAAGCUGGCUGGAGUGAAAGAGGCAGGAGAGGCUCGACUAAGUUGGGGUGUGGGCAGAGUGAGAUGCCUGAGCUUGACAAGCCGGGGUAAUUGGAGCUGGGAGGGAAAGGUGGCUGGGUUUGGAAGAAGUCCAGCAGGCUUCGUCUGCUGUGAAAUGGGAUGUGUCAUAAUUGAAAGAAGAAAACUAUGCUACCUGUUCACAGCUAGUUGUAGGUCAGUGGUAGAGUAUAUGAUUUACACCCAAAAGGUCCUGGUGUCUCCAGGUAGGACUGGAAUAGACUUUUGUCUUAGCUUUAUGACUUUAUUUUAAACUAAUAAAUCGGACAUCAUGGUAGGAAAUAGGUGCCAGGUGAUUAAUAUCCCACAGCCUUUUAAAUGUGUUUGUUGCUUCUAUUUUAAUUAUUUAUUUGUGCUUUUAUCUUGUAUAUUUGUCUUGUGAACCACCCUGAGAUCUUUUGAUGAGGGGUGGUGUAAUUUUGUUUUUAAAAAAAAUAAUACUAACAAUAAUAAUAGUUAAUAUGGAAUGUAUUUUCCUGGUGAAGCAUGUUUUCCCUGGCCAAUUUCUAGAAACAAAGUGAGGCAUUCUUAUUUUGCCAGGCAUUCUGAAAUUGCAAUUGAGAUUAUUUACUAUUGUUCUUAGGCUAAUGCUUUUAUAUUUUCAAUUUGCUUUCCUCCCUCUCUAUAUGAAUCCAUAUAUACCCACAUAUAUGUAGUUGUAUAGUCUAACCUGCAGCACCUUGUGUAAUUGCACCAUGUUGUAAUUCAGCUUUCUUUUAUUUCUGAUACUUCUCCCCUGCCUUUCUUUAAAAUCCUCAGUUUAUCAGGGUGAAGCACGUGCUUCUCUUCCCCUUCCCUGUUUUCUCCCCACAACAGCCCAGUAGGUUAUGCUGAAAAAGAGUGACUUAACCCAAGAUCACUUGGUGAGCUUUGUGGCUGAGUUGGGGAUUUGAACCCAGUUCUCCCCGUUCCUAGUUCAACUGAGAGAUGGCCAACAUGCUGCCCUUCAGAUGUUGCUGCACUACAACUCCCAUGAGCCUCAGCUGGCAUAGCCUAUUGGUCAAGGGUGAUUCAAAUUGCAGUCCAGGGACAUGUGGAGGGCAGUAUCUUGACUGCCUCUGCUCCACUCUGACUUUCAAUAGUAAAUAGUGGACUUGAGUUUGGAAUAUGGUGCGCGCUUUCGUGUGCCUGAACUCUUCUCGGUUCCUGGUCUCAGUGGGGGGGGGGGGACAUAUAUAUAUAUAUAUAUAUAUAUAUAUAUAUAUAUAUAUACUUUUUUCUGUGGUUGAAGACUCUUGGGUUUGUAUCUCAAAUACCUCCCGAUUCUUUCUUUCAGACAAAGUGGUAAAGAAGGGGAAGAAGGAUAAAAAGACCAAAAAGUCGGUAAGUCUUGUCCUCUGUUGACUUCACCACCAUUUGGGCUCUGCGUGACGUCCAUGAAUCUGGACGCGCUCUCUAGUUCUGUUGACCUUCAUGAGAACUUUGUCACCUUCCACAAAUGCUCUGUUUCCUCCUCCAAACACUUUAGCAUUUUGGGGACUGUGCAGUGGUGGUUGUCAACUGCACCUCUAGCACUUCUUGAUGUCCCAGAAUGCUUUGCUACCCCUUUCCUGUUUAUCCACCUCCAUAAUUCAGUUGAGAGGUAGUAGCUCCAUUUAUACGUAAAGCUAAUCCAAUAAUUGGGGGGUUGUUUAAUAUUUUUGGCUUUGUUUUUGGAGGGGAUGGAGAAGCCUUUUGCCCUCUUUCCAGCAGGGGGUAGUGGGAGGGGGCUACUACCUCCCUGCCACUAUCCUAAACUUUUCCUCUUCUGUCUCCCAAGUUCUUUGAGGAACUGGCUGUGGAGGAGAAACAUGCCAGUGAGGAGCAAGCAGUUGAGAAAGAGCAGCAGCAACAACAACAACAGGUAAGUAACUUUGGAACCAGGAGUGCCAAGCAGGAUCACAGAAUUGUAGAAUCAUAGAAUGGUAAAGUUGGAAGGGACCACGAGGGUCAUCCAGCCCAACCCCCUGCAAUGCAGAAAUCUUUUGCCCAGUGUGGGGCUUGAACCCACGAACCUGGGAGGAAUAUAUAUUGUGGGUCUUGUCACCAGAGGGCAUGCUAGUUGACCACACUGGGCAGCACUGGAUUUAGGGUAGUGUGGGCCAUUUCUCCAUACAGGAUGCCAAGCUGAGGGAACACAAAAUAAUAAUAAAUAAUAAUAAUAAUAAUAAAUUAUUAAUAAUUAAUAAUAAUUAUUGUUAUAUUAAUACAGGUACCUACUCAGAAGAUCCAUUAAAAAGCAAAUGUACCAAAAUGAAUUAUUCUUAAAAUAAGAAACAUUGGGCAGGGAGGGUGCCAAAUUUUGCUCUGGUUCAGGGUGCCAUAUUCCCAAAGUCCACCUCUUCAAUGGGGCUGAGGAUGUCACAGUGCCACGGGGAGAUAAUUUGCUAAGAAAGGCAGGUUGACCCACCCUCUUCAUAUUUGUUUGUUCAUUUCCCUGUCUGUUUUCAUGGUUGCAGCAGCCCCAGCAAAAGAAGCGACGAGACAAGAAAAAAGACAGAAAGAAAAAAGAGGCGGAAGACGAUGAUGACGAGAACCAGCUGAUUGAGCGGCUGAAGAAGCUGUCGGCCCAAGCCAGCGAUGAGGAAGAGGAAGGUUGGAGGCUGCGAUCUUGGGGGGGGGGGGGAGAUUCUCUACAUUGGGGCUGAGGAACCUGUCCAACCCCCUAGACCAGAGACAGGGAACUUUAAAUUUUAAAUUUUAAUUUUAAUUUUUUUUUUUUAAUUGAUGUGUUUUUUUUAUGUGAAACUUUAAUAAAUAUCAUUAAAAAAAACAAAACAGAGACAGGGAACUGGUGCCCCCUACCCCUCCCGAUGUUGCUGAAUGACAACUCCCAUCGGCCACAACCGCUAUGGCCCGUGGCCAAGGCUGAUGGGAGUUGCAAUCAACAUUGGGAAGGCCCAUGUUCCCCACUCCUGCUCUAGGAUCUUGCUGGGGACUACAACUCCCAUCAGCCCUGGCCCUUUGGCUAUGCUGCCUGGGGUUGCUGGGAGAUGUGGUCCAACAGCCGUCUGAAAAGCCACAAGCUGGUCACCCUUUGCUCUGUGUGAGUUCCAAGACAUUUCUUCCCACUGGUCCUUAGGACAGGGCUUGGGGACCUUCUUUUCCUCAGGGGUUAUCUGUUGGAAGGUGCAUGUAGGUGGGGGGGGGGAAAUGGAGCUUGUGGUGGCUACUGGGCAGGGCCGCACCUUCUCUCACCUUCUCUUUCUGCCACCUCCCUCAUAAUAAUAAUAAUAAUAAUAAUAAUAAUAAUAAAUUUAUACCCUGCCCAUCUGGCUGGGUUUCAGAUGUCUUCUAAAAGGGUGCCACUACCGAGAAGGCCCUCUGCCUGGUUCCCUAUAACUUGGCUUCUCGCAGCGAGGGAACCACCAGAAGGCCCUCGGCGCUGGACCUCAGUGUCCGGGCAGAACGAUGGGGGUGGAGACGCUCCUUCAGGUAUACUGGACCGAGGCUGUUUAGGGCUUUAAAGGUCAGCACCAACACUUUGAAUUGUUCUUGGAAACAUGAAACGUGAAUUGAAUUGUGCUCAUUAAAACAGGCUUCUUCCCAGAUGCCCAAACUAUUGGUUGGAGUGGGUUCCUCUCCCCUUUCCCCUUUGCUUCGUCCAUUUUAGCUUUUCCUCUUCUCCCGGCCCUUCCUCCAUCUGUGUGAAAUGAGCCGAGGGCCAAAUCAUAUUGGACAGAGGGGCCCCCCCCCCCGCAUUAGUGUUCCCGGCCUCACGGAAUAGGUUUAUGUCAGAGACAGGGAACCUGUGGCCCACCCAAUGUUGCCUGGGACUACGACACCUAUCAUCCCUGACCAUUGGCCAUGCUAGCUGGACCUGAUGGGAGCAUUGCUACCACCCGCAGAACCGCAGCUUCCCCACCGCUGAUUUAUAUCUAGGCUAGCAGUUCAAGGAGGUCUGUUAGCAGUGGUGUUGCCUUCAAUAGCAGAGGCUGUGCGCUGCUGGUUGUAAACAGUGUGAGGCUUACAUCGUGGCUUACCUGUGAGCUUUCCUCAGCAUCUGGCUAGCCACUGUCAGAGACAGAGAUCUGGGCUGAAUAAGCUCCUUGGAACCGAAAAAGAGCCUGCAGGAUCAGGCCCACCUUGCCCCAACGUUCUGUUCUUGCCCAGCAGGUAUUCACAGUUUUUUGUUUCCUUUCCAGUGCCUCUCCCCAUCAGCAAAGCUGGCAAGAAAAAGAAGGUGGGUUUCUGGACAUUUUGACGUUUCCUUUGGUUAGAGAAGGGUGGGACAAAUAAAUAAUAAUAAUGCCCCGGGGCGUCCCCGGGGAUACUGUCAACUUCAGGCCCGUGGAUGAUUGGAACCCCGGGCUAACAAAGCCAGUGUGGUGUAGUGGUUAAGAGCGGUGGACUCGUAAUCUGGUGAACCGGGUUCGCGUCUCCGCUCCUCCACAUGCAGCUGCUGGGUGACCUUGGACUAGUCUCUCAGCCCCACUCACCUCACAGAGGGAGGAAGGGAAAGGAGAAUGUUAGCUGCUUUGAGACUCCUUCGGAUAGUGAUAAUGCGGGAUAUCAAAUCCAAACUCUUCUUCUUCUUCUUUGUGCGCAAUGGACUCCCUUUCUGUGGCCAGACCAUUGCAUGGUAAAAUUUGGACUGCCACCAGCAAAUCCCCCAGGAGAAGCUGCCUUUCACUUUUGGGGACCAAGCAAAGGGGAGCUUGUUACAUGGUACUUGUCUCUGCAGUUUCUUCACUGCCGCUUGCUUUCUCUCUUUAGGGGGGAAAUGUCUUUGCCGCCUUGAGCCAGGAUCAGAGUGAGGAGGAAGAAGACUACGAAGAGGAACCGCCGAAACCAACCAGACCUGACAAGAAUAAGAUCAACAAGGUUAGCCUCCCUCUGGAUCCGGCAGGAAGUGAUUUGGAUCAAGAUGGGAAUUUGUAGAGUAUUAGGUAGGCCAGGUCACAGGGCCAGAAGAGGAGUUUUGUACGCUUCUUCACUUGCGUAUUUGGGCUCUGUAGCAUAUGAGCGGAAUGCAAAACAUUUACUCCCAUUAAAAAGAAGUCGCUUUUGGCCACUAUGUCUGCAGAUAGAAGGGUUUUAAACACUUCGGAAAAGCCUGGUCAAAUGAAGGUUGAGAUGCAGGGUUGCUCAGGGCUCUUGGUGGUUUGGAGGUGGGUCUUCAGUAUUCUGUGUAGUUCCUUCCACCUUCCUCAUAUAAGCAGAAGGGUAAAUUUAUGCAGAGCCAAGGACAUACAGAACAUAGGGAUUUUCCAGCAUGCAAACAGCCAGAGAACGACUGUCAGCAGGACUAUACUGAAGUUCUCAAAUUCUUUGGCACUGGUCUUCAAACCCUUUGGCAAUCAGCCUUUCCAGCACUGGGAAAAGGUCUCAGACUCCUAAGCACAGGAGCUGCAGAUAGAUAACUAAGUGAUCAGACUGCUGGGGUUUUUCUAGCCCUGCAGGACAGUCCUCUCUCCUGUAUGCAUUUGCUCUUGGGAGGUUGCAGUGUGGCAAAGUGCAAAACCAGAGUCAACAGGGAUGCCUUUCUGGCCUUUUCCCUAGUGCAGAUAAACAACCCAUCUCUGCUUCUUUAGGCUGCUUCAGAUGAUGAAAAGGAGAAGAAACCAGGCCAGAAGGGGCCAAAAGCCAAGCAGAAGGUCAGUCUGGGCUGCACUAGGCGAGCCAAAAUAGAGGGCUGGAAGAAGCACGUCUCCACUGGGGUGGGGGACUGUAUCCAGCCACAAUCCAGAACUGGCCAACCUGUCUGUCUCCUGACGGCAUAUAAUGUCAGGUGAUUCAGGAUCAAAGGGAAGAAUUGGCAAAGCGUUCCCCAAGUCUUCCUUCGCAGCUCUGGCUGCAAAGAUUCCUGCUGAAAGCAGGGCUUACAUUGCAUGCCAAAUUUGGACUCAAAUUUGAACUCUGUGAAGGCAAGUCCUGCUUCUUGCAGGGGUUGGCUGCACUUGGGAGUGCAGCUGGUAGCUUCUGAGUGGAGCUGAUCCUAACAACAACAACAACAGCUAAGGGAUGUGGGUAGCGCUGUGGUCUAAACCACAGAGCCUCGGACUUGCCGAUCAGAAGGUCUGUGGUUCGAAUCCCUGCAACGGGGUGAGCUCCUGUUGCUUGGUCCCUGCUCCUGCCAACCUAGCAGUUCGAAAGCACAUCAAAGUGCAAGUAGAUAAAUAGGAACCGCUUUGGUGGGAAGGUAAACAUGUGCUGCUCUGGUUUCGCCAGAAGCAGCUUAGUCAUGCUGGCCACAAUCCGGAAAAACUGUCUACGGACAAACACCGGCUCCCUCGGUCAGUAAAGCGAGAUGAGUGCCACAACCCCAGACUCUUUUGCGACUGGACUUAACUGUCAGGGGUCCUUUACCUUUUUAAUAAUUACUACUACUAUUAUUAUUUAUACCCCACCCAUCUGGCUGGGUUUCUGGCUUCCAACAAAUAUUAAAAAUACAAUAAAACGAAGUGAGGUGCCAAAUUCGAAAAGCACUGAAUGCAAGCCCCUCUUGCAGAGAAAAGCUACUUGGGGGUGCACACUUUAAAGCCCCCAGUUGUUGCGUUCCUGAAAUGGCUUUAGCUGCUGCUGCACCCCUGACAUCAUAUCAAACCAGGUGUGGGCAGGUGAGUAUCAGGGAGGACUGGACUGUAUCACAUAGGCCAUUGGUCUGGCUCUGUGUAGAAGUGGGCCAGUAAAUCAUAUUUUAGCAGUAGCUGUCAAACUCCUGACUAUAUCAUUAAAGUCUCCUAUGUUUUAAAAAGAUGACAGAGUCAAGGGAACCCUCGAUAACCACGGAGGGUGCCUCUCUGUGCAGGUUUAAAUCAGUGCUUCCAUGCCUUCUGGGAUCACCCUCUUGAUCUUGCCCUGUGAGGGGUUGCAAACAGGAUAUGUAAGAGGAAGUGGUCCCUUAAAAAUGUUGGGACCAAAUUGUUUGGGGAGUGCAUGCUUCCGGGUGGCGCUGUUGUGGGAAAGCGUUUGGGUUCACAUCUGAUUGGUUAAAACAAAACAAAAAAAACCUUUCUUACCUGGAAGCUCUUGUUAGUUUCUGUUUGCCACUGUGCAGUGCUUUGGAGUCACAAGACACUGUUUACAUUCCAGAGACAUUCCAGGCUGUUGGAAGUCUCACGGAAGACAGGAGACGGGUGUUAUGUUACUGGUUUCCUGUUCCUUUGUUUUCUAGUUGCUCUCUGCUCUCACAGAGAGAGGAUGAUUUCUUUUCUGUCUGCGUAGCUUAGAAAAUAAAGCAUAGCGAUGUAGCCAUAAAUCUCAUCACUUCCGCGUUCUGUUUGGAUUCUCUGCUGAAUGGGAAUGUGCCUGAGCCUCAUCAAAGGCUCAGGUCGUUAAUCACGUCGGAGGGCGAUUCCGGAAGAUGAGCUUUAUCAGCUUGGUUGCACGGAGAUUCCGACAGCUCUUCCCCUUAAAAGCCUCACCAUUGGAGUUCUCUGUUGCUACACAAGGGUGAAGAAAAUGCACUUUGCACUGGCUCAGGGGCACUUCUGUACUUACUACGUAUGUUCUAGGGAUGGAAUACUGGCAUUGGAACCAGAUGCCCAGGCUUCAUGUCUUCAAAAACCAAACCGGGCAGUUAGGGAUGCCUUUGGUACCACACCAAUAUUUGCUCCCAGCUUUUCCUGGAAACCUCAACAGGAAGGAGAUUCCGCAGAGCCCUUCUUAUAUUUCUCCAUUGGGAGUUAGAAAACGCAACAAAUAUAAUAGUUGGGGUAAGAACAAUACAGUAUUGCUCUCCAGGAUGUAUCAUAGGCUGGAAUUAAUUUUGUUCACGGGCUUUGCUAAUUCUUUAUGAUUGUAACUAUUAUGCUGUAAGACACGUAAUGUAAUUUAAUUUUUUAAAAUAAUAAUGCAAUCUUCAAUGGCUGGACCACUCUAGAUAGGUGGGCUUCCCUGUUCUAAUUUGCAUUGGUCAUGGUAGGAAAUAAUAAUCAGAAUUUCUUGUCUUUUAUUUCCCAGGAAGAGGAGGAAGACACAAAGAGGAAGAGUAGGAAAAAUGAGAAGAACAAAGGAAAACAGGAGGUUUGGUGUUUCAUCAUUGAUAAUGACGACACUGUUUUUUAACCUUUUUAUCGAAACAUUAAAUUAAAUGUUUUUAGUUGCUAGUAUUCUUCUUAUAUUAUUUAUUUGUAGAUUUGUAUCCCACUUUUGAGCAUAAAACGUUCCUGGAAUGGCCUGAGCAGUCCAAACUGUUCAAAUUGCCUUAUGAACCUUUUUAUUUCUGUCUUCCACCACCCUUGCACUAUAAAGCAGCUUGAUAUUAUUCCCAUUUUACAGAUUGAGCAUCUCCCAAGCCCCAGCCUCAAUUGCCUAUCUUUGAAACUGUAUAUUUGAUGCCAAAAUAUGCCGUUGGGAGUACGUGGACCAUUUUGAAAACCCAUAUGCUCUCCCAGUUUUUUUUACUUUUUAUUAACUGUGCAGAUCACGCUAAAAUAUAUAAUUUCCAUAAUUUUAUUUUAGUUGCAGUGCAUGAGUUAAAAAGUAAGUUGAAUUGUAGCAUUUCAGAAGGAUUUGGGCUUGUAGAGUAAAAAGCAUUUGCAUACAGCAUGGCAAAUUGUAGAUAGUUGAUCAGGGAUAGUGGGCGGUCAGUAGAUGCCCUGGAGACAAAACAUAAUUUCCCAGUUGUCACCUGGGAGAGACUGGAAACAAUCCAGUGCCUUAGAGGAACAGAAACCCAUGGAGCUUGAAAAUUCCAGGAUGUCAGAAUUUCAGCUUCAGGUCUUGAAACUCAGCUGAAGUUUAAAUUUGUGUGAGAUUUCAUUUCUGCUUUGGUCACAGUGAAGGAAGUCAGAGAGCAGCAAAUUUAGGCUUUUCCAGCUGGAUAAAUGAGUCUUUCCUACAAGCGCCUAACUUGUUUCGUUUUAGUUUUGUCUGAAAUGUAUUGGCUGGGUUUUUGGUUUUUGGUUUUGAAUUUUUAGCUGUUUCUUAUUGAAUGUUGCCUUGAAAGGACUGUGUAGAAGCUGGCUGAUAAAUAAAUUGGUGGUAGCGACGAUGACUAAUUGAUGAUUAUGAUGAAAAUAAUAACAACACAGUGGUACCUCAGUUUUCAAACAUAAUCCUUUCCGGAAGACCAUUUGACUUCCGAAAGAUUCGAAAUAUGAGGCACGAAGGGCGGUCUGCAAAUUCAAUGGAGAAAUUGGGAAAAAACUCAGCGGAAGUCGUUCAGCUUCUGAGGUGCGUUCGAAAACGGAAGCAUUUACUUCUGGGUUUUCGGCGUUCGAAAACCGAAACAUUCAGCUUCCGAGACGUUCGAAAACCGAGGUACCACUGUAAAUUGGUUGUGAUGAUGACCACAAUAAUAGUGAUAAUACUACUCAUUUACCCAGGGUGCUGAAACCCCUUUUGACUUGGUAUGCAUUACCUGUACAUUUUGUCUGUUUUUCACCUGCACUCCUAGAGAGGGGGUCCAGCCAUUGCUAUCCUGGCUCAGAGCGAUGAGGAGGAAGACAACGAAGAGUUAAAGAAACCCAAGGAGAAAGCUAAGGUAGAGCAGGAGAGGACUGGGAGAGUCAUGCAAAGAGUUGGGUGGUUGGUUGGGUGCUUAGACAAACAGGAGAAUCCCAGGCUUCUGGGCUAUGUGCCUGACAGUUAAAAUAGCUGAUACUCAAGUUGCUUAACUCACCCUAAAGCAGAGGGGAAAGAUUUGGGCAUGUGGAGGAGAAAGGGUUUGCUGCAACAGCUGCCUUUCAUGCUCCCUUCUGCCUCUCUCAUCUCUUUCCAUACUUCUUUUAGACUGCGACCAAACAGGCUGCAGGGAAGAAGAAUCAGCCGACCAAGGUAAGGGACACCUCAAGGCGAUUCCUGGUGGCCAAAAUCCAACCCCCAAGACUUAGUAGUGCUGUGCCACUGGCAUCCCAACAAACCAGUGUUUGUCAGCCAAGAGCAAACCUUGGUUUUACCAAUCCACGGUUUCUUCGAGAGAAAUGGAUGGAACCCUAAGCUUUGAGCAUCAUGGUUUGUUGCUUCCACUUGCUAGCGGGGAGGAAAUUGAAGCAAGAGCCAUCUGUGCAUUCACAAUAAACGACCAACCAUAGCUUACUGCAGGAGUACGGUAUCUGUGGCCCUGCAGAUGGUGCUUAUUUAUUUUAUUUGUGGUGACAUUACAAUGCCUCUUGAGAAGCUUGAGGUGGUGUACAUGGUGUUCUCCUGCUCCCCGUUUUAUUCUCGUACAACCCUGUGAGGUAGAUUAGGCUAGGAGGCAAUGCCUGGCCAAAGUUCGCCCAGUGGGCUUCGCAGCUGAAGCCUGCUCCCAUGUCCUGAGCCAGUGCUCAUAAGCAGCUGCACCGUACUGGCUCUCCUGCAUGGCCAUUGGGGUCAGGUAUGAUGGGACUUGUAGUCCAUCAACACUGGGGGGGGGGGUUUGGCUCAGGUUCCCCACCCUUGGUUUGCCAUGAUGCAUGAGCGCAGUCACUGUAACCUUUUCCUGAGGAUAGCUAUACUCUGUCUCCACAGUCAGAGACGGGAAUGCUGAAUAGCACUUGCUGGAAACCACAGGAGGGGAGACUGUUCUUGUGCUCAGGUCCUGCUUAUGAGAUUCCCUGCAGGCACCUGAUUGGCCAAGAUGCUGUACUAGAAGACCCAGGGAUUGUGGGUGGCGCUGUGGUCUAAACCACUGAGCCUCUUGGGGUUGUAGGCCAUAAGGUUGGCGAUUCGAAUCCGUGCGACAGGCUGAGCUCUCUUUGCUCUGUCCCAGCUCCUGCCAACCUAGAAGUUUGAAAGCACGCCAGUGCAAGUAGAUAAAUAGGUACCGCUGCGGCGGGAAGGUAAAUGGCGUUUUCAUGCGCUCUGGUUUUCGUCGUGGUGUCCCGUUGUGCAAGAAGCAGUUUAGUCCUGCUGGCCACAUGACCCGGAAAGCUAUCUGUGGACAAACGCUGGUUCCCUCGGCCUGAAAGUGAGAUGAGCACCGCUCCCCAUAGUCGCCUUUGACUGGACUUAACUGUCCAGGGGUCCUAUACCCCCCCUUUUUUUUAACUAGAAGACCCAUUGGCCUGACCCAGCGGGCCUCUUCUUAAGUCACGUUCUUAUACGAGUUUUUGUUUCUUUGGUUCCACAGAACAUGUUUGCCGCUCUGGAGGCUGAGGAGAUAGACGACGAGGAAGAGGGGGAUGAGGAUGACCAAGAGGAAGAGGCCAGAAAGGGCAAAGAGAAGCCCAAACAAGGCAGCCAGCCGGUAAGGGAGCUUGUGACUUUGCUGCAUCAGUUGAGCUUUGUCCACACUGCAUUCCACCUUAUGCAGGAAGGCAGAGGAGAGAGCUUUAAGGCUCCUGCUCUCUCCUUUCAUGCGAAAAGGCUGUUUGUUAUUUAUUAGUAUUCUAUUAAUUGCGCUUGCCUCCCACCUUCGUUCAUCCAGGGUUCUCAAGCAUGGCUCUCCCUCAUUUUAUCCUCACAAAAUUCCUGCAAGAUGGUUUAGGCUGAGAUCGGGUGGUGGGCCGAAGGUGAGCUUCAUGGCUGAGUGAGGACUAGAACCCACGUCGCCCAGGUCUCAAUCAAACACUCUAACCACUACGCCAUGCUGGCUGUCUCUUGUAUUUAUCUGUGCCUGUGUGCAUAGCUUAGAUCUCCGCUCCUCCUGUCUACUAGGAACAAAAAACACUGGGCAAGGCAAACUCACCUAUUGGUGAGGGUUCUGGCAAAAAGCUACGGGGUGUGUGUGUUGGUGGCAUGUUAACAAUGGGUGAAAUGGCACAGUGCUUGAAGUAUAUUUCCCACGUCUGGAUGUUCUGAGAUAAGGGUGCCAGGCGCACAGGGAGGUUGAGUGUAUGCCUUACUGAGCCAUUCACCCUCCCAUUGGUUCAGGAAAUGUGCCUAGAGAAAGUAUAAUAGUCUCUAGGGCGUUCGCUUCGUUACUUUGAACUGUGUGGGUGAGGAGUUUUCCCCCCUUAAUGGGGGAUUGUGGAAGAAGCUGUUCUGCUGGGAGCAGGGAAUCUCUGCUGGUCUGGUUGAGGUGCGGUGAACUACCGACUGACUUCCACAAGUCCCCCAUAGGGUGGAGUGCAAACCAUACUCCUUCUAACAUCCUUCUCCAACCUGGAGAUGGCUUGGACUACAAUUCCCAUCAGCCCCAGCCAGCAUGGUGCUGAUGGGAGUUGUAGUCCAAAAGAUGUGAAGGACCCCAGGUUAGGCAAGGCUCUUCCUAGUGCCUGGGGCAAUAAGACCUAGGUGCCACUGCAUUCCCCCCCCCAAAAAAAAAAACACCCCACCUCCUUCCUACCUCUUCCUUUCUACUUCAAGUGGGCAAGAAAUGAAAGGGAGAGCUAUAUGAGCAAGCCACUUCUCAACCCUAUGACUGACCCGGAACUCCGGCAAGUUUUCUGGAGAGACUGAAGAGGUCUGUGGAAGCACCUCUUCUAUCUCCUGGGGUUCAAUCCCCGCAGAAAGGACUCUUGAGCCCCGCAGAGCCGUACCAGAAGCGAGAGAGAGGGCAGGAGAGGAGUCUUAACUCUGAACUGACUUGGAGGGGAGGGCAGCACAGGGUCUCUCCAAAGGUUUCGUGUUAGGGCCUUCUUGGUUUCCUUUCCUGGCCCCGUUUACUAACACAAACCACACCACCUUGUGAUUUCUGUAGCAGUCGGAAGAGGAGGGAGACGAAGGGGAGAAGAAGGAAGACGAUCCCUACGCCCAUCUCAGCAAAAAGGAGAAGAAGAAGCUCAAGAAGCAGGUUAGAUCUCUGCCAGGGACUGAAGGAAAAGGCCCAAAAGGUUAUUCCUGUUUGUGGCUAGCCAGGGGGCAAAAAAAGGACUUGUGGCUUUCUCUGCCUGCCAGUUGUCAGGUCAAAUCCUGGAUAGAAAUAAGUCUCUGGAGAGUGAGUUGGUGGGCAGACUGGCACCUGGCAAAUGGUAGGUGAGGAAGAGUUUCUUUUUUUGUUGCUGUUUCAUGGCCAGACUUUGUUUCCUCCUCCGAACAGCUGGAGUUCGAGCGGCAGGUGGCAACCUUAAAAGCAGCCAGCGCGGCAGAGAACGACUUUUCGGUGUCCCAAGCGGAGAUGUCCUCACGGCAGGCCAUGCUGGAGAACGCCUCUGACAUCAAGGUAUGGCUGUCUCGUUCCACUGGCUCCACCUUGCCCCUUGCCCACCAGAUCCAGUGUGGUGUAGUGGUUAAGAGCGGUGGACUCAUAAUCUGAUGAACGGGGUUUGCGUCCCCACUCCUCCACAUACAGCUGCUGGGUGACCUUGGGCUAGUCAUACUUCUCUGAAGUCUCUCAGCCCCAUUCACCUCACAGAGUGUUUGUUGUGGGGGAGGAAGGGAAAGGAGAAUGUUAGCUGCUUUGAGACUCCUUCGGGUAGUGAUAAAGCGGGAUAUCAAAUCCAAACUCUUCUUCUUCUUCUCCAGUCUGGAUCAUUCCUCCAGUCUCUUCUUCCAUUGCGUCUCUAGAGUGGACGUCUAAUUUUAUUUUCUUGACGGAUAUGUAAGCUUAAGGGGAAGCUGAGUCACCUUUGGCAGAGCAAGGAGAUUGCAAGGAGGGUCAGCCUUGGCCCAGAUGUUUUGCACUUCAACUCCCACCAGAAACAUCUGUAUGGAGGGAAACAGGUUGGGCCAAGGCUUGAAGGCCUUGGGCCAAAUUUGCAUCAUCUCCAGUUAAAAGAUCUUGGGUGGAGGGUCCAGGAAAGACGUUUUAGGAGAAUGAAGGGAGGUAGCCUCAAAGCACUUUACAAAAAAGCUAAAGCAACAAAAUUAUCACAAAGAAAAAAUUAUGGCAAUAAUUUAAGACUUUCAAAAAGUUAGAACAAGAGUAGAGUAAAAAGUAGGUUAAAACCCGCAUCCUAGGUAGGCUUGUCUAAACGUUCAGAGCCAGCAGAUGGAAACAAGAGCUUAAAAGACAUUAAGAAGGACCUCUGUGCCCCCCCCCCCCCGAAAUCAUUAUUUUAAUUUUACAAGUGCAAAGUUAAAACAAUGCAGAUUGCAUAUCCAUAUUUAAGAGAUUUCUCUGAAUCUCAAGACUUCCCACCAUCCCCUCCCUGGGUUCUACUAUCAACCUUUUCAACUGCAUAUUAUUUCAUAAUCCAUAAUUUGUGUCUGUCCCUAUUAUCCAUGUUAUUUCCUACUUUACAAGUGUUAUUAAAACCCUGCUAAUGUUUUUUAUCUGCUUACAGCGGUCUCCUAAAUAAAUUAUAAUAAAAAGGAUCUCUCUGAUCUCCUUUACCUUCUAUUUCAGCUGGAGAAAUUUAGCAUCUCGGCUCACGGCAAAGAGUUGUUUGUCAACGCAGAUCUAUAUAUUGUGGCCGGGCGCCGAUACGGCCUGGUGGGGCCUAACGGGUAUGUGUCUGUUGUGAGGUGAAUCCCCACCAUUUUGUUUGCUUACCCCAGUGGAUGAUGAAACACACUUUAUCUCUUUAAUUCACAAAGCUGUAAGCAGCUUGGGCCCCAAAGUACCUUAUGAGCUCACUGCCUGAUUCCAUAUGCUCCACCUCAGUUGCUGUGAGGUCUUUAGUGCCCCUGCAUCCCCUAAGGUUCAUCAGGCCUUUACUGUGGCAGGUCCUGCCCUAUGGAACUCCUUGCCAGUAGAGGUUUCGCAGGAGUCACCCUGCUCAUUUUUAGAGGCCUUUCAAAAACCGUAUUAGUUAGACAGGCCUGUUGAAUCUAAAUGAUGUUUAAAAAUUGUUUUGCCUUGCGUUUGUCUAGGUUGUGUGUCGCCUUGUGAUAUUUUACAUGGAAGUGUGGUCUGCAGAUAUUUGAAAUAAAAUUCCAGUGACCACAGGCAUGGUGCUGCAGGGAGUAAUUGGGGGGGGGGCGGGCCUGAGGCGGGAAUGUAACAAAACUUUGUCUAAAAUUCCUUCCCCAGCCCAGCAGCAUCCUUAUUGGCCUUCCCUCCUCUCUGGACCACGCACAUGGAAUUAUUUCAGUGGUCUUGGUCCCAUUUACACGUGCAAAAACAUAUUAAGGAAGUACUCCUGUCCUCAAUCCCUCGGGCACAUGCCAAUUAAAAAUUGGCUGCUCCCAAUUUUUAAUCGACAUGUGCCUUUAUAAAUUUAGUACAGUGGUACCUCGGGUUACAAACACCUCAGGUUACAAACACUUCAGGUUACAGACUCCACUAACCCAGAAAUAGUACCUUGGGUUAAGAACUUUACCUCAGGAUGAGAACAGAAAUCACGCAGCAGUGGCAGCGGCAGCAGGAGGCCUCAUUAGCUAAAGUGGUACCUCAGGUUAAGAACUGUUUCAGGUUAAGAACGGACCUCUGGAACGAAUUAAGUUUGUAACCAGAGGUACCACUGUAUAGGAGUGCUUUUUAAAAAAAUAUCCUUGUAGUGUUUUAUGGAAUAUUAAAUAUCUGUUGGUAUGCUUGCAACUUUCCUUUUGAGCACUUUAUCUGUAGUCCUUGUUUUGUCUAUGGUUGCUUUUGGUUAAGGAGAGCACCAAUAUUCCAAUCCUCCCUCUCUCUCCAGGAAAGGCAAAACCACCUUGCUGAAACAUAUUGCCAACCGGGCCUUGAGCAUUCCUCCCAAUAUUGAUGUCCUGCUCUGUGAACAAGGUAAAGGAAGAAGCGUUCCUCCCUGUGCAGUGGCAGCUCAUUCACUGUCCCGCCUAGCCAGGUGGUCCCCCUUAUUAAGAACAGAGAAAGCUGCAAUCUAUUAUUAUUAUUACUUUAUUGAUAGAUAGAUUGAUUGGAUUUAUAUACCGCCCUAUACCCGCAGGUCUCAGGACGGUUCACAGAACUGACUCAAACCGCUGGCUCAUCUCAGUACUGCCUGCGCCGAUGGGGAGAAGCUCUCCAGGGGUUCAGCAGAGUGUCUUUCUUAGCCCCAGCUAGAUAUGCCUGGGGCCUUCUGCUGUCAGGAGCCAGAGUCAGGAAUAGGUCAGCCAUAAGACACCCAGUGUCAGUGAAGAAACCAAAACAGUUCAGCCUUAGUGAUCCCAGCAGGGUCUUGCCCCAAUGAGGCAGUUUCAAAGACUGAAAGUCCCUGCCUUCCCUCCGCUCUCUAAGAAGGGUCCUCCUUUGGUUCCUUCCGCAUCAGCCAAAGGCUCCUUUGUUUUGCCUGUCUCUGCUGCACCCUCUUCAUUUCUCUGCAUGUUCAGGAAAACCAGAGGGGAGUGGAGCUGGUUGCAGCAGGAGGGGGAGACUCUCUGCUUCUUCAGCAGCCAGAUCUCUGCCUCUUCACCCCUGCUCUGAUUCUAGACUGCUCUCUGCCACAGCCUCUUCCUGCUCACUAAACCUUGUUGCCUCUCCAGCUUCCGACAUCACCUCCAAGUCUGCUCCUUCUUCUCCCUCUGAUCGCUUAGCUUUGUUCCACCACCAGUCCCUGGGCUCUGAGCCUUCUUCGCCUGUGGGUUCCUUUGUGGGUUCCCCAGUCCAUAACAUCUGCAUGCAAACCAGAUGCUCAGCCACUGAUCUUAGAGCCCUGUCCCCUCUCCAUUCAGUAGCACAAUAUGAGUGUUUUGGCUGCAGAGGUUUUCUUUCUUAAAAAAAAAAAAAUUGGUUCAGGCUCUGAUCAGUCCUUGGCCGUGGGGCUUAAGCAGCAGAGUCUUCACGGUGGUGUCCUCCUUUAUCUUCACAGAGGUGGUUGCGGAUGAGACCCCCGCAGUGCAGGCUGUGCUCAAGGCUGACACCAAGCGGCUGAAGUUGCUGGAGGAGGAGAAGCGCCUGCAGGCGCUGCUGGAGAAAGGGGACGACGGGGCUGCAGAGCGGCUGGAGAAGGUAUUCAUGGAGCGUUCCCUGUCCUGUGACUGAGGGACAGUACAAAACUGGGUUACCCAGGCGGGAGUAUUUUGCCCAAGGAGCUCUCUGUUCUGGAACGGCUGGCAUCGCUCAAAAUGUGUCCCUAGAUACAUUCGCAGAACUGCAGAAAUGUAACUACAGGCACGUCCAGCUAUACCAGUUGCUGGGAAUCACAGGUGGAUAGUGGACUUGUGCUCAAGUCCUACUUGUGGGCUUCCCAUGGGCAUCUGGUUGGCCGCUGUAAGAACAGGAUGCUGGACUAAAUGGGCCAUGGGCCACUGAUCCAAGAAUUGGACAGAUGGAUGGUGGCAUCUUGGUUAGCCUUGGUGAAGACUUGACGUUUUCAUCCCCAAAAAAGUUUUUGAUUUGAGUUUCCACUGAAAUGAGGCUGCAUUUUAACGUCGUAUUUUAAUCUUGUUUUUAAAGCUAUCUUUCAAUUAAUUGUUUUUAUAGUUGGUGUUAUCCUCCCUGAGCCCGGUCUUGGCUGGGGAGGGCGGGGUAUUAAUAAUAAUAAUAAUAAUAAUAAUAAUAAUAAUAAUAAUAAUUACAGUGGUACCUCGGGUUACAUACGCUUCAGGUUACACACUCUGCUAACCCAGAAAUAGUGCUUCAGGUUAAGAACUUUGCUUCAGGAUGAGAACAGAAAUCGUGCUCCGGCGGUGCGGCAGCAGCAGGAGGCCCCAUUAGCUACAGUGGUGCUUUAGGUUAAGAACAGUUUCAGGUUAAGAACAGACCUCCAGAACAAAUUAAGUACUUAACCCAAGGUACCACUGUAUUAUUAUCUUACAAAGGGCAGCAAAGUAAAUUAAAUACUUCUCCAGUGGGGUGAGAAAAAAGGAAGGGACAUGUUCACACUCAACUUCUGUUUGUUAGCCUGUUCCCUUUUGUUGAUCUCCGCUCACGCCAUAUAUUUCCUCCCCUUUCCCCAGGUCUAUGAGGAAUUGCGGGCCACAGGAGCCGCAGCAGCUGAGGCAAAAGCACGGAGAAUCCUGGCAGGUUUGGGCUUCAACCCUGAGAUGCAGAACCGGCAGACCAAGAAGUUCUCCGGAGGCUGGCGGAUGAGGGUGUCCCUGGCCAGGUAAUUGUCAGGUGGGGAGAGGUGGAGAAAUGGGAGCAUCAGCAUGGCGUAUCCUUGAAGUUAAUUCGUUAUCAUUUGUUGCCCCGUAGGCAAUAUUCUCUGGGUAAUGGAACAGUUUUAAUUGGAAAUCCAAUACAGCAUCAUUCAGAUUGUGGCAUGGGAGUCCAAUAAAGCAAGGGGUGAAAGGUCACAGGUGCUAGCUUGUGAUGAGUGGUUGUCAACUAAGUUUUCCUCAGAGUAGACGUUAAUGGACCUAAUCCAGUCAUGUCCGCUAAUUUCACUGUGUCUCCUACAAGUAUACAACUCGGUGGUAUACCAUGAGUGUACAACUCGGUGAUAUACCACUCAUUUUCUCCUGUCAUGAGUGGCUUUAGCAUAAGGAAGUCCGCCGCUGCCACGUUCUGCCUCAAAACGCACUCUGUCUUGCACCACACAAUGUAGAUCAGGGAUUGUCAUGGAAGCCAACAGAGCACAUUUUGAAAUUUUGAGAAAGUGCCGUGGGCACCAGACACAAAAUGGCUGCCUUGGCGGUGUGAUGUAGCACAAAAUGGCUGCCACUUUUAAAAGAGCUGAAAAUGAGACAGGAGCGCAAGGCGUGCCCCUCCCUUCCUGUCAAUAGGAAGAUAGACACCUAUAUCAGCCACCGCCACUCUCACGCACAAAGAGAUGUUUUAUUUGCACCUCUCCUCUGUUCAGAACUGAUCAGGUGGCCGGUGUCCACUCCUAGUCACCAGUGAAAUGUGGGCCUAUUUAAGGAGAGGCCAAGCCAGUUUAUGAAAACCGGAACUCAGCACCAAGAGCAAAUGGCCUCUGUUGCUUGUGUGUUGUUGUCGUUUAGUCGUGUCUGACUCUUCGUGACCCCAUGGACCAGAGCACGCCAGGCACCCCUGUCUUCCACUGCGUCCCGCAGUUUGGUCAGACUCAUGCUGGUAGCUUCGAGAACACUGUCCAGCCAUCUUGUCCUCUGUCGUCCCCUUCUCCUUGUGCCCUCCAUCUUUCCCAACAUCAGGGUCUUUUCCAGGGAGUCUUCUCUUCUCAUGAGGUGGCCAAAGUAUUGGAGCCUCAGCUUCAAGAUCUGUCCUUCCAGUGAGCACUCAGGGCUGAUUUCCUUCAGAAUGGAUAGGUUUGAUCUCCUCCAGCACCAUAAUUCAAAAGCAUCAAUUCUUCGGUGAUCAGCCUUCUUUAUGGUCCAGCUCUCACUUCCAUACAUCACUACUGGGAAAACCAUAGCUUUAACUAUACGGACCUUUGUUGGCAAAGUGAUAUCUCUGCUUUUUAAGAUGCUGUCUGUUUCUUGUGUAGGAACAGUCAAACCGUCUCGCUCAGUAUUGUCUACUCUGACAGCAUCAGCUCUCCAGAGUUUCAGGCACAGUUUUCUCCCUGCCCCAUUUGGAGAUGCUGGGGGUCGAACCCAGGAUCUUUGGCCUUCAAAGUAGAUGCUCUGCCACCAAGCUUUGACCCUUUUGUCAUUGCUAACCGUUCUCUCCUUUCAGAGCGCUGUUUAUGGAGCCCACACUGCUGAUGCUCGAUGAGCCCACCAACCACUUGGAUCUCAACGCCGUCAUCUGGCUUAACAAGUAAGUUGCUGCCUCCGUGCGUUUGGGGGCAUAACAGCUCGGCAGCUGGGGGGGGUGGGCACCUGCGUGGGUGAACAUGCCUGCUUUCCAGGGAAGUGUGGGCAAAGCAGUUUUGGUGCUAGCCUUUUUUCUUUACCUUAAUAUCAUUCAUUUCCACCCUCCUACUUGCCCGAUGGACACCACCCUCUGGACGAUUUGCAAUAAAAGUUUAAAACCACCAGCGUCAACCAAGGAAAACCAACCACGCUGUGCAUUGUUUAUGACAUGCAGACACAGGCCCUAGCGGGAAAUAAUAAGAUGCAUGCGAGCUUUAGUUACUGAUUUAUUGAAUUUACAUCUCACCCUUCUUCCCCAAAGAGCCCAGGGCUGAGAACAGAUGCACAGUUUGCUGUGUUUGUAAAAACAUUUUAAAACGGAUUAAAAUGUUCUAAAACCCAACUGCAAUGAAAAACAUCUAAAAGCACUUGCGAUUAAAACAUGUGUCUGUGUUGAUCUCGGGGCAGCCAGGAACAGUAUUCUUCAACCACCAAAUGCCUGGGCCAACAGGAAUAUUUUUUAAUCCCUCAAAGUUAGUGAUGGAGAUGGGCACACCUGACUAGAGAAAGCAUCAUUGCUUCUGAAUACCUGUUGCUGGAAACGACAGGAGGGGAGAGAGUCCUUAUAUUCCUGUUCGGCUCACUGGUUUCCCAGAGGCAUCUGGGUAUCCACUGGGAGAUGCUGGACUAGAUGGGCCAUUGGCCUAAUCCAGCAGGCCGUGCUUAAGAGGGCAUUCAACAACCAGGGAGCCACUACUGAAAAGGCCCUGUUUUAUUUUACACAGGUCACAGGCUUUCCUUGGGGCAGAAUUCUUCCCUCUCUGUUAAUUUCUCAGCCCCUCCUAAUUGCCACCUUACCUACAUCCUUCUCCUUUUGCCUCUGUUCCUGAUUUCAAAAGACGGCCUAACCCUGAACAUCUGUACAUAGAAACUGUGGUUGUUGUUUGAAUUUAUAUACCGCCCUACACCCGGAAGUCUCAGGGUGGUUCACAGAAAAGAUCGACAUAAAAACCACAAUAUAUAUAAUCAAAAUAAAAACAACCCAACAACACUCCCCCCUAAAAUAGAGCCACAUUUUAAAAGAGUAUAGGAUGCCAAUCAGAUCAACCAAAGGCCUAGUUAAAAAGAAACUUUUUUGCCUGGCGCCUAAAGGUGUAUAAUGAAGGCGCCAGGCGAACUUCCUUAGGGAGAGCAUUCCACAGACAGGGAGCCACUGCAGAGAAGGCCCUGUUCUCGUGUUGCCACCCUCCGGACCUCUUGAGGAGGAGGCACACGAAGGAGGGCCUCAGAAGAUGAUCUCAGGGUCCGGGUAGGUUCAUAUGGGAAGAGGCAGUCCUUGAGGUAUUGCAGUCCUGAGCUGCUUAAGGCUUUAUAGGUCAAAACCAGCACUUUGAAUUGGGCCCGGAAACUAAUUGGUAGCCAGUGCAGUUGGACCAGGAUUGGUGUAAUAUCCUCAAACCGUCUUCAGAGGCAGCCCUACAUAUAACGCAUUGCAGUAAUCUAACCUUGAGGUUAGCAGAGCAUAGACAACAGUAGUUAGGCUACCCCUGUCCAGGUAGGGGCGUAGCUGGGCUGAUGGAAGGCGCUCUGGGCCACUGCUUCCAAAGCAGGGUGUUUCCAUUACAAGGAAAAUGUGCCCCCUAUAAUCUUUUUUAAAAGCAUCUGGUGAUGGGUUAAAACUGUGAAAACCAGUCCUCUCUCUUUCACUGUCUAACAAUUGCUCCACACUCUCUUACAGCUACCUCCAAACAUGGAAGAAGACCCUCCUUAUUGUCUCUCACGACCAGGGUUUCCUGGACGACGUGUGUACGGAUAUCAUCCAUCUGGACAUGCAGAAGCUUUUCUACUACCGGGGAAACUACAGUAAGUGCCCACAGAAGCCUCCACAUUGGAAGGACUAGGCAGGUUUUUUUGUUGGGGGGGGGCAAUGCCGUUUCUAGGGUGCUGUUGGGUUUCUUUGCGGGGGGAGUUAAGGAAGUGAAACAUCAAGGAAAACUCAUUCUAUAUUGGUCAUAAGGUCACUUUGUAGAACUGAAGCUCCCCCCCGCCCCAAUCUAGAAAUCCGUCAAGUUAGAGAAAUUGGAUUUUGACUUCAGACAUUUCAGCUUCAAAAUUCCUUGGAAUUUGAAGGGUUUUAGACUUGUCGGGGCAGUCUUUUCCCUGCACGUUUUUGUGUUGUACGGGUUGUUGUUGUUUUAAAGAGUGUAAAGUAUCGAAUGACCUAAAAGGCCACCUUUCAAAUACAGUUAGAAUCAGAGGGUUGAAUCUAGAAGUCGUGUGAAUUGAACUGAGCUCAAGGGGUGCUCUCAAUGGAGAGGACCUGUUUUUCACCAGGUGCCCAGGCUGCUGUUACUGUUGUACAUUUAAACCCUGUCUGAGUCUCUGGGAUUGAGGUCUACUUCCAGUUCAGCAUGCGGUACUUCAGAAACUUAGAGGCCCGAAACACCCCUUCUGGGUGGAAUGUUGUUAGACUGUGAAAUCUCCUUACCCCAGAGCCAUGUCUCCAGAGGCCUCCAUUUGUUGCAGAUACAACAUAAGCUCCUUCCUUUGUUCAAACCGGAGCAAGGACACAGAUCUUGUGACUUGGGAGUGGAGUCGCAUGACUGUAGCAAAAGAUUUCAGGGCUGCCUCUCAAUUCCCACGCCUUCCGCCAGGGCAAGGGAAAUGGGCGUUUUCACACAGAACGUGGAAUGCUGAUGUUUGGCAAAACUCAUUCUCCCUCUCUCUGUUCAAUAUAUUUUACCUCACGACUUAACUCAGCCAACAUACGGCCAUUUGCUGCAAAGUUCAGAACUGACUCCUUGGCAAUUUCUUUCCCUUUUCUCUUCCUCCCUUUGCUCUGGCUUCUGAUCAAAUCAAUUUAAAUUCAAGGAAGGGGGAGAAUGGGGAAUAGCGGGACAGAAAAGUUCAGUUUUGCCACCAGAAUAACUAAAUAAAUCUAUGCAAUGCUUGUCCGGUAAUGAGGUGUCAGAAUUUGAACUCCCUGCCCAACUCUAAGCAGAGGUGGCUCCAUUCUCUCUCCCCCCCCUUUAAAUAUGGGAGGAGAAAUUGGGGGCACCCCUCUGGAAACAUGAGGGCUCAAGAUUAGGGAUUCAGUAGAUUGGGUGGAAUCUUAAAACUCCGGGGCGUUUCAGCCUAACGUGUCUCCGGCCUUUUUUUUUUUUUUUUUUUGCCAAUAUGCAAGUGCUGAGAUAGCAAGACAGCUUUAUCAAAUGUGCAAAUGUAUUUUCUAGGAUUGAGCAACUGAAACCAGGUUGCUGCUGGUUUUGAGCCCUGGAGCAAAACAAGUCCCUGCUCAGCGACAAGCAGUGACUUGGAUCGCAUUGGAAUCCACUUCCCAUAGUCUAGGGGUAUCUGCAAAACUAGAUUUCCCCAUGCCUGACUUUCCCAGGGUGCAUUUCCAGGGAGAUUUGAAUCUCUGUCACCUGUCAUUCAGAAGACAGGAGUGCCUGGCGUGCUCUGGUGCAUGGGGUCACGAAGAGUCGGACAUGACUAAACAACAAAACAACAGCUGUCAUUCACAAACCUCUUCUUGGAAGAUUUAGUCCAUGCGUCCUUAUCAACCAUAACAGCUAAAAGGGCAACUUCCUCAUCUGGUAGCAAUAUACUUCUGAUUAGCAAAUACCGGUGCCUGCAAGUGUUGGGUGUUAUGAAGUGUGUAUGCCAGCCUGCAGUUCUCACUUGCAAUCCUGACACCCUUUCCCCGCCCCCAGGAGAUAUUGCAACUAAGAUGGCUUAAACACGCACGCCUGGGUUCCUGCCAUGGAGGCUUUUUCAGGGCCAAAAUAGAACUUCCAGGCUCAGGUGCUAUCUGCGAUAGCAAAAAUCUGGUCUCCGGGGAGUGCUUCAUAACAUGGUGGAGAGCCAUUGCCUCAAGGUCUUUGCUGGCCACAGCCAGACUCCCAAUUCAAGACCAAGAUAGUUCAGAUCUCCAAGAUGAUGUUGAACUACAACUCCCAUCAUCCCUGGCUAUUGGGUGCUGACCGGGUCUGAUGAGAGUUGUUGUCCAACGACAGGAGAAGGCAGAUCCAGGCUGAUUGAUCCAACCAACGCAGUUCUUAAGAGUUCUCUUCACCCCUCUGCAUCUCUCUUCAACCCCCACCCCAGUGACUUUCAAGAAGAUGUAUCAGCAGAAACAGAAGGAGCUUCUGAAACAGUACGAGAAGCAAGAGAAGAAACUGAAAGACCUCAAGGCCGGAGGGAAGUCAACAAAGCAGGCAGUAGGUUUCCACUUUGUAUUCUGUCAUGGGACCCACAAACUCGGGAGGAACCUCCCCCCCCCCCAAAAAAAAGUUGCGCAGUUAGGUUCUUCUCUAUGGGCUUCCUGGGAGCAGGGCAGUCCAAGGCGGCAGAGCUUUUCCAUGAGUUAAUCUGUGGAACUACACGCUGCAGUGUUCUUUACAGGGAUUAAAUAAGCACAACCGUUGGGAUAAGAUUGCACCCGUAGCCUUCUGCGUGGCCUCGGAUAUUAGGGCAGGACUUUUACUCCAGUGGUGGAAGUUGGCAGGAGGGGGGUUGGUUCUAGUCUCAGUGGCCCUUCUGGAAAAAAUGUUCACAGUAUUGCGCUUUUUAAUUAAGGGUUUCUGUCUGCUGAGAUUAAAAGAGCAUAGUGGCCUAGAUUGGGCCUGUCAGGAAUGCUUGCCAAUGAUUGGUGUCCCUGUUAACCUGUCUCCCUCCGGCCGUCCCCAGGAAAAGCAGACCAAGGAGGCCCUGACCCGAAAGCAGCAGAAGUGCCGUAAGAAGAACCCGGAUGAAGAGGCGAGCGAGGUGCCCGAGCUGCUGAAGCGGCCAAAGGAGUACACUGUUAAAUUCACCUUUCCAAACCCGCCACCCCUCAGCCCACCCAUUCUGGGCUUGCACGGUACGAGUCUGCCUUAGCAAGGGAGAGUCCAUUGGGGAGCAGGGGCAGGCACUUGUCUGGGUGACUUCGGAAAAUCACAAAGAAAAGAAAUCAAUGGCAUCUAUUAGAUACUGUAGAUAGAUAGAUAGAUAGAUAGACAGACAGACAGACAGACAGACUAAGCGGCUUCUGGCGAACCAGAGCAGCGCACGGAAACGCCGUUUACCUUCCCGCCAGAGCAGUACCUAUUUAUCUACUGUACUUGCACUUUGACGUACUUUUGAACUGCUAGGUUGGCAGGAACUGGGACCAAGCUCACCCCGUCGCGGGGAUUCUAACCGCCGACCUUCUGAUUGGCAAGCCCUAGGCUCAGUGGUUUAGACCACAGCGCCACCCGCAUCCCAUUAGAUAGAUAGAUAGAUAGAUAGAUAGAUAGAUAGAUAGAUAUUAAUAUACUAUUAAUAUUAGUAUUACUACAACAUUUAAGAAUAACCUUUUACAUGUGUCUCAACAUACUAUGAAAACAGCUAAGUUCUUGUAACAAGAGUGUUUUGCUUCCAGAUACAGUGGUACCUUGGUUCUUGAACUUAAUCAGUUCCAGGUGUCCGUUCGACUCCCGACACCAUUCAAAAACCAAGGUGCGGCUUCCAGUUGGCUGCAGGAGCUUUCUGCACUCAAUCGAAAGCUGCAUUGGACGUUCAGCUUCUGAAAACCAUUCACAAACCGGAACACUUCUGGCUUUGUUGUGUUCUGGAGCCGAUUUGUUCACAACUAAGCCCUUUGAGAACCAAGGUACCACUGUAGUUUUAAGAGGCAAUCAUUGUAACUGAUAGCUACAACAAUAUAUUACAGCAAUAGCACAUAAGAGCAUAUAUGAAAUAGACUUGUACUAUAACGAAAGCAAAACAGGCUUGCGUAGCUAGAACGGGCCACUGAGCCACUAAGACCAAAAACACACAUUUAAUUGUGAAAGAAACACUGUUGUUGAGAUCUCCAGAUUCUAUUUUAUUCUAUUGCUUCUUCAAAACUAGCUUUGAAAUAAUAAUAGAUUAAUAUAUUUAUUGAGAAUAGCACACACACAAAAUUUAUUUCCAUGGUUUCCUACAACAGAGUGAUUACAGUUAGAGAUAUUUCCUUCCCUGUAGCCCACUCUCCUCCUUUUUCCCUCCUGUAGGUGUGGACUUCUGUUAUGAGGGGCAGAAGCCUCUUUUCAAAAAUUUGGACUUUGGGAUUGACAUGGAAUCUCGAAGUAAGUGAUUUUGGGGUCGGGGGCGGUGAAUAAGUCCUUCUAAGAAACUUGUAUGCCUUCAUGUUUGCCUCUUGUUUACUGAACGAGAAAUCCACCUCAGCAUGCUGGCUACAUGAUGUCCUUUGAAACUGUCAUAGUUCCUUCCAGAUGUUGUUGGACUCCAUCUCCCAUCAGCCCAGUCCGUCACAGCUAAAGGUUGGGAGUCUGGCAACAUCUGCAGCCACACUUGCUUAUCCCCGUUUUAACGUCUUCCAGUGUUUUAUUUUUGCCUGAGAGUUCCCUUCUCAAGUCUGUCUGCCUCAGCUCUUGAGAGCAGGCCACGGGGAGGAUCUCCUGAAAGCAUCUCCUGCCACGCAGAAAUCUCAAAGUUGACUCGCCUUUCUCUCUCCCCUCAGUCUGUAUUGUGGGUCCCAACGGCGUCGGGAAAAGUACACUGCUGUUGCUGUUAACGGGUAAAUUGACGCCGGUAAGUGAGCCCUGCCCCUCUUCCCCCUUUUUGGUCUUCCUCAUUUUUUUUAAUCAUCCCGCUUUGUUCCUGAGAUGGCCUCCCUUUUCUGCUUGUCUUCCCUCCACCACAUGCCUUUGCUGAUCCCGACAGGAAUGUGUUUCCCAUUUCUGCUCAGGCAGCGAGAAGGGCUGCUCUAGGUGUGUCCUCAAAUUCAGCCUCCUUGGUGCAUGAAUUGGGCCACGCCAUUGCUGGGGAGCAAGGGGUGAGCUGCAGGACCCAUCUGUGGAUGGCCACAUGUGUUUAUUUAGUAGACUCAUAUACCACUUUUUCACUAUAGAAUCCUUUAAGCGACAUUUAUAAAAGCGCUACAGGUACACCAAGGACCAUGUGCUCACAAAACAACCGUCCCUGCUGAAACAGGAGCUGGCAUCAGGGGUUCCUUCCUGCAGGGCAAGUGGUGUUUCUUGGCCCUGUGGUGGGAACAGGGCGGUCUGGCUGGAGCAGGCCCAGCUGUUGUCUAUGCCUGCUCACCACCUGUGAAUCUGGGGCUUUCUGCAAGAGCAUUUAACCUUAGGCUCUGCUUUGCAGCCAGCAAGCGCUCUCCUACCCAGGUUUGUAGGCCUAGACCUCAGGAGUCUAACUGCUGAGCAAAUGUCUAUCCCAACAGCUGUCCAACCCAAAAUUUUAUUCAAAAGAACAGUAGGGUGUGUGUGUGUGUGUGUGUGUGUGUGUGUGUUUUGGUGGCCCAUACGGGGACCAAAAGAACAGUAGGUGUUGGUCAAAUCCAGGCAAACUCUUAUCACUGCUGCUCAAAUGUCCCUCUUGCACCUUAACCAGGCACAAAAUCAUUCCUUUCCAUUUUGCACGAUCUCAAAAUAGGCUGCCUUUUGAUGGAUGGAUGUGUGUGUGUGUGUUUUGGUUUCACAAGUUCAUUCACAGAAAAAUAUUCUUGCAAAUAUUAAAAUUUAACACAAAUAUUCUUUCGAAUCCUAGGACUUCCCUCCUCCCCUCUGUGGUUUCAUUAAAAACUGUUUCCAACUGCAGAUUAUAAGUCUAUCCAGUUUACAGUCCACAAUUAUAUCCAAAGUCUGUGUAUCAUUGCAAUAGUCCAAUAGUUUCAUCUGCCGGUCCGCCCUCAUAGGUAUCUUAUCAUCUUUCCAGCUCUGGGCAAGCAACAUCCUUGCAUCUGGCAUUUUGGCCCUGCUGAAUCCGAUCUUUUCAAGCACUUCUUCUUUAAUCUGGUUGUAUCUCAGGGAAGGUCAUUAGACCCUUGGACUACACUCUUAACUUGUUUUUGUUUCUGUUUUCAUCCUUCCAGACAAGAGGGGAAAUGAGGAAAAACCACAGGCUGGUAAGUACCCAUGACAAUACAGCAGAGAAUGUGGAAUGACAUUUUGAGCGGGGUGGGGGGCGGUUCACAUCUGGAAUAGCAAAGCAAGCCUGUGACUCCAAAUGGAAGGAUCUUUGUCCUGCUGGAAGCUGGUUUGUUCCAAGAAACCCUGAAAACAAAUAGUUUAUGUCUUCACUGAUAAGACACAUAUGGCAGAGGGGCUUCCUACCUUUGCUUUUAAGAAGCUGCUGGGAGGCAGAGGGUCCUGGGGUUGAAUGUGAGAGGCCCUGGAUUGAUUUCUUUCUUUUAUGGUGGCUAUUACAUUAGUUCCCCGCCUCUCCUCCAAGAAGCUCAUGGAUGUUGGGAUUUCAUUCUCUCUGGAUCAUGUGAUCCUUAUUUACAUCCCAUACUGCUGGAAGUGUAUGGAACAGACACUGAACUUCUGUUCUUUGUGCUUUAGUUUUCUGCUCUUUGUUCUCUGCUCUCGGACAGAGAAGACAUGUGAGACACUGCUCACACUCGCCAUCUUUGUUGUUUUGAUUUGCUGUAAAUAAAGAAGCUUUCGUGGCACCACAUACCCUACGCAGCCUCACUUCUUGCUGAAACUCUGCUAUAGUGUGCCCACAGGUCCACUGGAUGUGGGAUGCAGUACAGGGGAUGUACGCAUAAUGGAUGCAUGUCUCUAAGAGUGGUCUGCUGAAAAAUCAGUGCAGAGCAAUGGGAUCUCUAAUAAUAAUAAUAAUAAUAAUUUUUAUUUAUAUAUAUCCCGCCCUCCCCAGCCGAAGCUGGGCUCAGAGCGGCUAACAAGAAGUAAGAAGAGCACAGUGUACAUAAAAUCACACAGUCGAUUAAUUAAAAUACAUUCUAUAAUCAAUUCAGAAUCAAAUUAAUGGCAACUAUUGGGCUAGAGCUCUAUGAGGAUUACAGAAGGAGAGAGCGGGGUCAGGCUGUGCCCUGGCCGGAGGCCUGGUGGAAUAGCUCCAUCUUGCAGGCCCUGUGGAAAGAUGUAAAGUCCCUCUUCUCUGUCCAGAGGUGCCAGGAACAUUUGACUAAGCUCACACAGCACCUCAGUGUGGCACCCUUUUAAACUGGUUAAGGGAGUGGGGGGGUAGUAGUAGUAGUAGUAAUAAUAAAUCUUAUUUAUACGCCGCCCAUCUGGCUGGGUGGCUCCCAACAGAAUAUAAAAAACACAUGAAAACAUAAGCUUUUUAAAAAAAACUUCUCUAAACUGGGCUGCCUUCAGGUGUCUUCUAAACGUCAGAUAGUUGUUUAUUUCCUUGACAUCGGAUGGGAGGGUGUUUGACAGGGCAGGUGCCACAACCGGACUGGUGACAUUUCCUUUCGCAGGAUGAAAGACCUGUCCUUUUCUCUCCUGGCAGAAAAUCGGGUUCUUCAACCAGCAGUAUGCCGACCAGCUGAAUAUGCAGGAAACGGCGACAGAGUACCUGCAGCGCAACUUCAACCUGCCCUACCAGGACGCCCGCAAAUGCCUGGGGCGGUUUGGCCUGGAGAGCCACGCCCACACCAUCCAGAUCUGCAAGCUCUCUGGUAUAUAAAGUAGUAAUAUAGUGGUACCUCGGGUGACAAACACUUCGGGUUACAGACUCCGCUAACCCGGAAAUAGUACCUUGGGUUGAGAACUUUACCUCAAGAUGAGAAUGAAAAUCACGCAGCGGCAGGAGGCCCCAUUAGCUAAAGUGGUGCUUCAGGUUAAGAACAGUUUCAGGUUAAGAACAGACCUUCGGAAUGAGUUAAGUUUGUAACCCGAGGUACUAUAAUAAUAAUAAUAAUAAUAAUAAUAAUAAUAAUAAUAAUAAUUAAUAAUAAUUUUAUUGAUUGAUUGUGUGCCUCGGAAAACCAGCCGCAAGCGGGGAUAUUGCUCCUGUGCUCUGAUCCUGCUUGCACACUUCCCUGGCUCCUGUGAGAACAGGGUGUUGGACAAGAUGGGCUCUUCUUGGGUUCCUAUGCAUAGAGGGGGCAUCUCACAUUCAUUGUCUCUCUUCUGUUUUGUACUUCCUUCUAGGGGGACAGAAAGCCCGUGUGGUCUUUGCCGAACUUGCUUGUAGGGAACCAGAUGUCCUCAUUUUGGUGAGUCCCACACAUAACUCCUUGAAGAGGAGGGGCGGCGUAUGGGAUAUAUCUUGUAAGAUUGUGAUAGUUAUCUCAUUACUACAAAAUAGCAAUAAAUUUGAACCUAAUCAAUUUUGGAGCGCUGGGAUUGUUCCCCGAGGAAUUGCGCUUACCUUACCGCCAGCAGCAGGGACGCAGGUGGCGCUGUGGGUUAAACCACAGAGCCUAGGAUUUGCCGAUCAGUAGGUCGGCGGUUCGAAUCCCCGCGACGGGGUGAGCUCCCGUUGCUCGGUCCUUGCUCCUGCCAACCUAGCAGUUCGAAAGCACGUCAAAGUACAAGUAGAUAAAUAGGUACCGCUCUGGUGGGAAGGUAAACGGCGUUUCCGUGCGCUGCUCUGGUUCGCCAGAAGUGGCUUAGUCAUGCUGGUCACAUGACCCGGAAGCGGUACGCCGGCUCCCUCGGCCAAUAAAGCGAGAUGAGCGGUCACGACUAGACCUAAUGGUCAGGGAUCCCUUUACCUUUACCGCCAGCAGAGUGUAUUGGAGCGGUCCCAGACUGUUGGAUCUUUUAAGCAGAGAGGCCCACAAUAAGGGCCUGCCUGCCUGCCUCUCUCUCUCUCUCUCUCUCUCUCUCUCUCUCUCUCUCUCCCCCUUCCUUCCUUCCUUCCUUUCUUUCUUUCUUUCUUUCUUUCUUUCUUUCUUUCUUUCCUUUCUUUCCCUGUCUCUUAAUGAAAGGAUGGUAAUCCUUGGUGCACCUUCUUACAAUUCUGUUGCUCUUUUCUUCACAACCCCAUUCAGCUACCCUCUGAUUCAGAUCCUGAGCUAAGCUUAAAGGUCCUAAAAGCACCUUCCUGAGUCUGCAUUGGCUUCCGGUUGCUAAUGCUUGGAAACCCAGCAAGGCUGCUUUCUGAAAUCUGCUCAGUACAGUGGUACCUCUGGUUACGUACUUAAUUUGUUCCGGAGGUCCGUUCUUAAACUGAAACUGUUCUUAACCUGAAGCACCACUUUAGCUAAUGGGGCCUCCUGCUGCCGCCGCACCACCGCUGCACGAUUUCUCUUCUCAUGCUGAAGCAAAGUUCUUAACCCGAGGUACUAUGUCUGGGUUAGCGGAGUCUGUAACCUGAAGCGUAUGUAACCUGAGGUACCACUGUACUACAAAGAUUUCUGCUGCUGCAGAACCUGGGAGCUGAAUCAUCCUUCUUCAAGCCCAACCCACCACCACUGUAGAGCAAUGCAAAUCCAGGAGACUGUCCCCAACCCCAUGUACUUCAUCCUCUUUUUGUGACUUUCUUGCCCCGCCCCCCCAGGAUGAACCGACGAAUAACCUGGAUAUUGAGUCAAUCGAUGCCUUGGGCGAUGCCAUCAACGAGUAUAAAGGGGGUGAGUGGAAUAUCUGGAGAGCACCGGGUUGGGGAAGGCCGUUCUAAAGAGCAUAUGGAUUAUGUUUCCUACAUUUCCUACAUGCAGCGGUUUCACUCUCGAAGCCCUAGUGAUGAAGUAGACCUCACACACAAGAUUUUGAAGAUGACUCUUCACCUGCAGGAUGGCAAAUAUUAACAAGCAGUAUUAUAUAUGCAUAUUAAGUCCAGUACAAUGUGUUUCUCUCUCCCUUGAGCCCAAGAGAGGGUCUUCUUGCUUCUUGCUUUCAAAACUCCUUUAUAGCAGUGCGUAAGUUAGCAGUCCAUAGCUUGUCUGUCCUCACAAACUCCUCCAGAUAUAGUGUCUGCUUGAAAUUUCCAUAUUUAGUGAAACAGCCAGCCACCCGCCAGCUCCAACCCUUCCUAUCUAACAGACACACACACACUUUUAAAGGGAGUUAACAAAUUGACACAGCAAUGAUUCCAUGUUUCUUUUUUUGUGGUUUAUUUAUUUAUUUAUUUAUGUUUUAUACAUUUAUUUGCAUUUCAUACAUUCUUCCUUUUUUGACAAAGUAAUAAUCAUAAAUGAAUAAGAAUUAAACUGUGCACCCCACCACCGAGACCAUUCCAUUGUAACUAUCCAACCUCCCAAAAUGUCAACACCUCUAGCGAUGGUUUGACCCCUUUCCGUUUUAACAGUACAAUUUCUGCAAACAACCCUCCUUAUCUCCUCAAAAUCAUUUCUCCUGCAUAUUCCCCGUCUUACCUUAAUGGCACAUGUUAAUUUAUUGUUAAUAGCUAUAUCCCACACCUCUUUAUACCAUUCUCCCAUUUUGUAUUCGCCUUUCCCCUUCCACUUCCUAGCUAUAAUAAUUCUGGCAGCUGUUAAUAAAUUUGUGAGCAAGUCCUUCAUAGGCUGCGAACCUUCCAUCCCAUUGUAAAUUGAUAAUAAUGCUACCCCUGGACUUUUGGUCAGCUUUAACACAGUGAUUUCUGUUAUUUCCUUAAACACCCUUUGCCAAAAAAAUUGUACGUAUUUUCACCCCCACCACAUGUGAACAUGAUUCUGCAUUUCUGUGACCUUAAUUGGAGUCACAAGAUUUUGCGGCUGUUACAUUACAAUACCGUAUUUUCGCUCUAUAAGACGCACCAGACCACAAGACGCACCUAGUUUUUGGAGGAGGAAAACAAGAAAAAAAAUAUUCUGAAUCUCAGAAGCCAGAACAGCAAGAGGGAUCGCUGUGCAGUGAAAGCAGCAAUCCCUCUUGCUGUUCUGGCUUCUGUGAUAGCUGCACAGCCUGCAUUCGCUCCAUAAGAUGCACACACAUUUCCCCUUACUUUUUAGGAGGGAAAAAGUGAGUCUUAUAGAGCAAAAAAUAAAUACGGUACAUUACAUUACAUUACAUUGGUUUUCUUUUCACCCUUACAAUUCAUUCUUAGUAAAAUACAUUUUCUAACAAAUACAGUACAAAUACGGACAUGCCCUGCUCGUGUUCCCAGCCACUACUUCUCUCUGGUAGCUCUUGAGACCAGAAGAGGCACAUACCGUAUUUUUCCGUGUAUAAGACGCCCCCGUGUAUAAAUUUUUGUGGACUCAGAUUUAAGAAAAUUUGGGGGGAAUGCCGAAAAUCACUAACCCGACUGAGAAACGCUGACAAUCGCUCGUGUCGCAGAAGCCAACAGCAGCCGGCAAUUGCACGCCCAAUUGACACAGGGGCAGCCAAUCCACAGCAGCCCUUGCCGCAGCAACCAAUCACGUGCCCAAUUACUGCAGCAGCAGCCAAUCCAGCAGCCCUUGCCGUAGCCACCAAUCACCCACCAAAUCGCUGCUGACAAGCUCCUGCUCAUGGCUGCAACUGAUCACCAGUUUUCCCUAUGCACUAUCCGUAUAUAUAUGACAACCCCCGUUUUUUAACGUUAUUUUAGAGUAAAAAACCCUUGUCUUAUACAUGGAAAAGUGCGGUAUAUUGUCCUGUGGAAGGUUUUUUUUUGUGGGCUUUUUUUUGCAGCAAGUGGGAUUUUCUUAGAGCAGGAUGCGCUAACUGUCCCGCCUCUUCCCCCUUCCAGCCGUGAUCGUUGUGAGCCACGACGCCCGGCUUAUCACAGAGACCAACUGCCACCUUUGGGUGGUGGAAGACCGCUCUGUCAACCAGAUAGAUGGCGACUUCGAAGAUUACAAGCGUGAAGUGCUGGAGGCCUUGGGCGAAGUCCUGGUCAAUCGGCCCCGGGAAUGAGGAUGAAAGAGGCGGGGCCUCUUUGGUAUAGGCCCCGCCUCCCUUGGUUUUCCUAGCAGAAGCUCCUCCCUUUCCUUGAGAAGCCGGACUCUAUUUAUCUGACAGCUGAGGGAGGAAAGAGUGGGCAUUUAGAAGGAGCUAACAACUCCAUCUUACUCUUCCCUCUCCACCACCAGCAGGAAAGUUAAAAGUGUUUGAGGGGGUUGGAAAAGUGAGGGUGUGUCUCCCAGCGGCUUGUUGUCCCCACCCCCGAGGCUGGCAUUUUGGUGUCAUUUUUACAGAUCUCCUCUCUCUUUUUCCUCCCACCGUACACUUAAUAAAUUAAAAUGUGAAGGAUGCUUUUGCCUGA